AUGGUUUACGGAUUGGGAUCUAAUUAUGAGGGAUCUCUUGGUUUGGGACACGACAGCUAUGUCCGUGAAAUCCAAGAGAUUGAGGGAUUGCGCCACAAGAAUAUCACACAAUUCUUCAAUGGAGCGGACUUUGUGUUAGCCCUCACUCAACACAACUGCCUCUAUGGUUGGGGUCUUAAUUAUUGGGGACAGUUAGGUUUGGAACUCCCGAAUAUGGAUUUCCCAUUUAUAAAACCAGAACUUAUUAAUCCCGAAAACAUGGAAAAUAAGUCAAUCUAUCAAAUAAGUUGUGGUUUUCAACACACAAUGAUUCUCACGAGUGAUCGCUGUGUCUAUGGAUGGGGGGAUAAUAUGCACGGACAAUUAGGUUGUGGACCAGACUAUGAGGGACAGGUGUUUAGUUGGGGUAAAAAUGAUUUCUACCAAUUGGGACACAAAUCAUCGGAUAAUAUAUGGAAACCACAACUCAUUGCAGACAUGACUGUUGUUUCCGAAGUGAGUGAAUACAAGCGUUUGUAUGUAGAGAAGCAUUCAUUAGGUUCGGGAGCUUUUGGGGAAGUGAAGACCAUUUUCCGGAAUUUAGGUCAGAAUAUUGUGUCCAAUAUAUGCGUCAAUGUCUGCAGAAUAUUCUUCAACACAAACCACAAGUAUUUGGUCGACAACUGGAAGAACCCAUGA